CGCGUGUGCGCCUGUUGAAGGUGUGUUUUCCCCCUGGUGCUGAGUAGCCUAUACUCUCCAACUAACGAGCUAUCGAACUUCACCUCAACUUCUUUCAUCCUCUUGUUCUUGUUGGGCUGUUGACGGACUUUUUGAAGGCAAAUGCUGAUGAUAAAACGUGACAGCUCUGAUGUUUGUUAACCUAAGCCAUCAUUGGAGGAGUUAAGAGGCCACAGCAUUGAAGCAAGAUUUGUCCCUCCUGUCACGUCACCCUCAUAUCGUCAGCUCCGUCACAGUGUGGGUGAUGAGGCCGCUGUGGGGUCAUUGCCUGGGCCUCCUCCUGGCCUUGUCGUCCACCGUCUUUGGGCUCCACAUCCCCCUAGAAGUGGAACAGCUGCCAACCAUCACGGCAAAGGCGCCCAGCUUCUUGAUUGCCUUCCCGUUUGAUGAGAGUUUCACUCUGAAGUGCGAAGCCAAAGGCAACCCGCAGCCAGCAUACCGAUGGACAAGAGACGGGCAGCACUUUGACCCACGGCGCGAUCCUCGGCUUCAGACGCACCCGAACUCCGGGACCUUUGUGAUCCCCAACAAUAAACACACCUCUGAAUACCGUGGGAAGUACCGAUGCUACGCGUCCAACGAACUAGGAACUGCCAUAACAGAGGAGACCCAGUUUAUUGUACCCAAUGCCCCGAAGUUCCCCAAAGAGAAGCUGCCGGCUGUGGUGGUUGAAGAGGGCAAGUCCAUUGUCCUGGAGUGCAACCCCCCCGAAGGUAUCCCCCCACGCCAUAUCUACUGGAUGACUAACGGGCUGCAUCAUAUUAACCAGGAUGAGAGGGUGUCCAUGGGUCUGAACGGGAACCUCUACUUCUCCAAUGCCGUAGUGAAGGACAGUCGCCGUGACUACUGCUGCUUUGCCGCCUUCACCACGAUACGCACCAUCGUGCAGAAGACAGCCAUGUCUCUAGUGGUCAAGCCCGUAAAAGGUGAUGCUGAGUUGGAGGAAGGCAAAAGCACAGAACGCGAGCCCAGCCUACUGCUGCCCCCUAGUGACCAGUCAGUGGUGCACCUGGUGAAGGGAGACGAGUUGGAGCUCGAGUGCAUUGCUGAGGGACUACCCACUCCCUUGUAUGAGUGGACCAAACUGCGUGAGAAACUACCUGAGAGGACCAACAUAAAGAAUUUUGGGAAGCUGCUGACCCUGGCUAAAGUGAAGGAAGAGGACGAUGGAGUGUACAAGUGCACAGCAAAGAACAGUCUGGGAGAGAAGUCCCACUUAUUCAGGGUGUCUGUUGAAGAGCCACCUCGCUGCCGAGGGACUCCCCAGGAUCAGCUGGUCACCAUCGGGUCGGACGUGCAGAUCAAGUGUGCCACCGCUGGCAGACCCAGGCCCACUGUCACCUGGAGGAUCAAUGGACAGCUCAUUGGAGAUAUGACCGUGCCUAACGGGCGAGUGUUUGAUGACACUAUUAUGCUGCACCAGGUCCAGCGCAGCGACACUGCUGUCUACCAAUGUCAGGCCUCCAACCGCCACGGCUCCAUCAUGGCCAACGUCAACCUCAUGGUGCUCAACAUCCGUCCUUUGAUCCUGACGAAAGACUACCUGGAGUACUCAGCAGUGCAGGGCAAACACGUGGUCUUGUACUGCAAGGUCUUCAGCUCGCCACCAGCUCAUAUUAUCUGGACCUCAGGUGAGACCGGAGCUAUUGUGGAAGGCGGACGAUUCUCUGUGCUUGCGGACGACGGCUCUCUGUUGAUCAAGAGCGUGGAGGGAGGCGACUCGGGACAGUACACCUGCCAGGCCUCCAACUCAGAGGGAGUGACAGACAUCACGGCCAAGCUGGAGAUAAAAGAUCCGACUCGGAUUGUUGAGCCCCCACAGGACUUGAAGAUUCUGCGUGGCACGAUGGCCCAAUUUAUUUGCCAAGCGGACUAUGACAGGAGCCUCCGGAGGGAGCUUGAGAUCCUUUGGGCGCGAGAUGGCGAGGAGACAUACCUCAAUUCCACAGAAGACGUGCGGUUUUCUGUAGACGACGGGAUUCUGCAGAUCUCCAACGUGAGUCACAGUGAUGAGGGCUUGUACUUAUGCAUCGCCAGGACGACCUUGGACCAGGACAGAGCCACUGCAUAUCUCACAGUACUGGAUGUCCCUGAGGCGCCCAAGAACCUGGUGCUUGCAGAGAAAAGAGGGCGCAGUGUCAGGCUAAAAUGGACACCUGGCAAAGAACACAACAGUCCCAUCACUGAAUUCGUCAUUGAGUACGAGGAGAACCAGUGGGACCCCGGGAGGUGGCGUGAGCUGGAGAGAGUACCGGGCAACCACGUGUCUGCAAUGCUGAUGCUGCAGGGCCACAUCAACUACCAGUUCCGCGUCUCUGCCAUCAACGACCUGGGCCAAGGGCCGGCCAGCAGACCCACGGAGAGAUACAAAACCCAGGCCACAGAGCCAGACAGGAAUCCAGAAAACAUCAAAAUUGAGGGUCACCUGCCAAAUCAGAUGGACAUCACUUGGGAGCCACUGCUGCCGGUGGAGCACAACGGCCCCGGGCUGGAGUACAAGGUGAGCUACCGGCGGUUGGGUGUGGACGACCGCUGGACAGAGCAGAUGGUCAAGAGGCACUUGUUUGUGGUGAAGAACACGCCCACGUUUGUGCCCUAUGAGAUCAAGAUCCAAGCCCACAACCAGGAAGGUUGGGGGCCAGAGCCCAAGGUGGUGACUGGCUACUCGGGAGAGGACGUACCACUGGCGUCUCCUGAGGAUGUGUCUGUAGAGAUGGUGAAUACCACUCUGCUGCGGGUGCGCUGGAGCCUAGUCCCUGCCAACAUGCUGCGUGGGCACCUGGGGGGGUACAACGUGAACUGGUGGAGGAUGCGGAGCCUGCUGGCCUCCUCUAAAGCUGCGGGGGAGAAACAGUCCAUGCGUGUUUUUGGGAAUCGCACACACACCCUGGUCCCCGGACUGAGGCCCUACUCAGAGUAUCGUCUGAGUGUCAACGUGUUCAACAAGAAAGGCAAUGGGCCGAGCAGUCUUCCAGUGACAUUCACAACUCCACAAGAAGUCCCAGAGAAAAUGUCACUCUUAAGAGCAACGAACCCCCAGAGAACCUCCAUCACACUGGUGUGGGCCCCGCCUAUGGAGACCAAUGGCAUCCUGACAGGCUACAGGUUGCAGUACCAGCAGAUGAACGACACACAGCACCUGGGCCCCCUGCACUCCAUGAACAUCAGCCAGCCCGACGUCACCCACUGGGUCCUUGAUGGCCUGGACCGCUUCAGCGCUUACAAGUUCUACCUGAGCGCCUGCACACAGGUGGGCUGUGGCCCGGCCAUCAGCGAGGAGAGCAGCACUGCCGCCGAAGCCCCUGACUUGAACCCGACCGCUGAGGAUUUCACACCAACGGCCUUUGUGACCCCCACAGAGAUCAAUGUCGCUUCAACUACCACCACAGACUCUACUGUGAAAAGCAUCACACCAGUAGCAGCUGGCAUCCCCACAGGGAUGACGUUGUUGAAUGUGAGCUACUUUGUAAGUGACACGUAUGCAAAAAUCAGCUGGACUGUGCCGGGAGAGCAGAAGGACUCCGAGCUUUAUGUUGCGUAUAUGAAUCACCGUGAGGGCACCUGGAGGACCCCAGAGGCGGUGAGCGCAUCUAAGGCUUUCCACCUCAUUGACGGCCUGGCUCCCGGGAGCGUGUACACGGUGCGCGUCCUGGCCAGCCGCCGCCUCGAUAGCGCCGUAAUUUUCGAGGACGUUAUCCACACCAGCGAGAAAGAUGCCGACCGGCAGGACGCGGGGGUCUCCUCCAGAGGCUGGUUUGUGGGCCUCAUGUGUGUUCUGCCUCUGGCCACCCUGGCUGCACUGAUCGGCUGCUUCGUGUCCAAGAACCGCGGAGGGAAGUAUGCAGUUAAGGAGAAAGAAGACCUUCCUGCAGAUGAGGAGUCCAAGGGCCCAGACGAGGGGACCUUCUGUGAAUACAGUGACAACGAGGAGAAGCCCUUGAAGGGAAGCCUGCAUUCGAUAGACGGGGGCAGCGAGGUGGCGACGGGGGAAGACGACAGCGAUGAGAGCGUAGAAUACGAUGACGAGGAGGACCAGUUCAACGAGGACGGCUCGUUUAUCGGGGAGUACUCAGGACGCAGGCGCAGGGGCUCCGCGGAGGCGAAUGGACCCUCUUCCUCCGUUGCGUGAGCCCCCGCUGGAGUGGCCCCGCUUUCUUAUGCAGACUCUGACAGAAAUCUUUUUUUUUUUGUUGAGUGUGUGUUGUCAUUUUGUUUUGGAACUCCUUCAAAAGAUAAAGUCUUCCAACAACCUUGAAGCUGGUGAAUGGGUUCAGCAUAUUUGUGGAAUUCCUGUGUGUGUAUGACAGGCUGUCAUCCUGUUUUUUGUCGUUAAUCACAUGAUGUCAUUACACAUAUUUAGUUUUUAUUUAUUUCUAAUUGUUAUUGUCAUAGGAAUUAUAUGAACAAAAUGUUUGUUAACAGCCUGAUUUGUAAACAUAGGAGAACUGCAGGAGGACAACAAUACAAAUCGGAGUUCCCACACAGAUGAAGUCCUCUGAUGAAAUAAGGCCAUUUGGUUAUCCAGGCUAUAGAACAAGAAGAACUUGAAGAACUCAAUAAAAUUAUUACGCUGGGUUAAACUUUAAAAUGUCUUUUCAGUGGAAGUAAUAUUUCAGUAAAAUGCCUACAUAUCUCGGUCUAUUUUUGGCCUAACCACCCGAUUUCAACUGUGCGUGUUGUUUCUGUUACCCAUCAUAUAUAUUUGAUUGUUAGUUGGUCUCUGUUGUGGAUCAUAAGGCCAGUUUGUUUUGACACCUGAACGAGCUUCCUCAGUAGCACUUGUUUGUACAUACUGUAUAUAAGAAAAGUUUUAUGCAUUUUUAUUAUCGGACGUUUAUGCUCCUUUGAAAUGUUUUCAGAUCUUUUUGUAAUAAGGACUCAGGAUAAUUUUGCAGUUAGAAUGUUACACAGAGUAUUUCCUAGUAUGCCAUGAAAAAUGCAAUGUUUGUGUGCAACAUUAUAAGACAAUUGGUUAAAAAUGUUUGGCAAUGGCAGAAAAGAGCUUUUUGCUGAUGUUUAUAGUGUAUGAAAAUUUGCUAAAUGGAAGCUGGAAUGGAAUUAUUGUUAUGUUGCAGGAUCAACAUGGUAUAUGACAGAAUAGUGGUUAUCUGAUUUGUUUUGAGGACAUUAAUCUAAUAUACAUGAGUGGGGCACCGUGCACCCAUGUCUUUCUCUUUUUUUUU